AUGUUUUUUCCUGAACUACAAAGCAGAAUAGCCAUACAAACUGCUCUUAGAUUAACUUCCCGUCCGUAUGAAUGUAGUAGUAAUUUAUACGAUGAAAGUUAUCAACUUCGAGAUGAAUAUUCAAGAAAACACAAAAAGCAUUCUCAUCGCUCGAAGGAACAUGGAAACCAUACAUCCAAGUAUUCUAGUCACAAGCACAAAAGGACAGGUGACUGGUCACCUGAAAUCUCCCCUAAUGAUGUUCCUAAAAAAAAGAAAAAGCACAAGAGGCGUUCUCGCAGUCAUAGCAGUGGCAGAAAGGUCCGUGUUUCCAGGCAUCACUCUCCGGAAUGUACGGAUAUCAGUUCCUUCAAGUUCCGAUCCAGUCUUAUGUCCGAGUUAUCAAAACAUCACAACUUCAAGGAGAAAAUUUUAAAGGCUCAAAACGUUCACGAGACUUAUGAGAUCAAAGAUUUUCGCCCAGUAUCCGCUGAACGUGACUUGAAACAAUCAAAUGUGAAGUGUUUCGAGGCUCCUAAAUCUGAGUCCUCCCUGAUCCCAUUAGAUGAAAUAGCUUUACCACCAGAGCCAAGUAGAAAGCUGUCAAGCUCGGUUUCCUCAGUCAGCACACCACUGUCUAAGGAAACUGCUAUACGAGAGUCCAAUCCAGAUUCAACCGUAAAGGAUCCUCAUCGGAUAGAUUUGCCGCAAACGAAUAAGUUACUAAAAACACACCAAUUACCAUUGCCUACGGAAACUCUGAUUUGCGCACUUAGAAGCAAAAGUCGUAAUAACAAGACAUGGGGAGAGCGUUCUGUUACGGCUUUUGACACACUAAUUCAAGUUGGUGAAGGUACAUAUGGUCAUGUCUAUAAAGCAAGAGAUAAAAUCACCGGAGAAUACAAAGCAUUGAAAAAAGUUAGGCUAGAGAAUGAAAGGGAGGGAUUUCCCAUAACCGCUGUUCGAGAAAUAAAAAUACUUCGCCAACUCAGACACCCUAACAUUGUUAACUUAUGCGAAAUCGUUACUGACAAGGACGAUCCUACUGACUUUAAGAAAGAUAAAGGUGCUUUCUUCCUAGUUUUCGACUACAUGGAUCAUGAUCUUUAUGGUAUUUUAGAGUCUGGAUUGGUAGCUUUCAGUGAACAGCAUAUCGCUUCUCUGAUGAAGCAGCUCUUGGAUGGCCUUAGUUUUUGUCAUGAUAGACAUUUUCUUCAUCGUGACAUAAAAUGUUCUAAUAUCCUGAUUAACAACAAAGGACAGCUGAAGUUAGCAGAUUUUGGACUGGCACGUUUAUAUAUCGCUGGAGAUAAAGAAAGACCGUACACGAAUAAAGUCAUAACCCUGUGGUAUCGACCUCCAGAAUUACUACUUGGUGAAGAAAGAUAUGGCCCAGCCGUUGACAUAUGGUCUUGCGGGUGCAUAUUAGGAGAAAUGUUCACUCGUCGACCAAUGUUUCAGGCUAGUGAAGAAGUCGAACAAUUAGAAGUCAUAUCACGAAUUUGUGGGUAUCCAGAUCCAGCUAUAUGGCCUAAUGUUGAAAAAUUACCUUUCUAUUCGACAAUAAAACCUAAAAAGAUGUACAGACGCAGACUCCGAGAAGAAUAUCACAUAUCUCCUCGAUCAUAUGCUUCAAUUGGAUCCCAAAAGCGAUGUAGUGCACGUGAAGCGCUAGCUUCACCAUGGUUACGGAAUAUUGACCCUACAAAGAUUUCCCCACCAAGAUUACCUGUUGACCAAGAUUGUCAUGAAAUGUGGAGCAAAGAAGGCGACGCAUCUGUCACAUCUCGUACUUCCAUAGUGGAUGGUAAUUCUGUUCCAAAUGGACCAUCUCGAAACCAAGUAUAUUCAACAAGCAGUAGAUCUGGAUCAUUCAAACAAAGCAUUCCAAACAAACUUAGUAGUGACGGAUUUCCAGACAGUAGUUUCAACAUGACACAACUUCAUCAUCCUCAAAUUUCUACUAAUCCCAUAGAUUCCACUACUAGUCUUAAGAAUCAGCUACGAGACUUAUUGGCAGAUUUCGCAGAUUCUGGAAUAGACCGUUUCAAAGAAUCUAUCACUGAAGCACUGAAAGCAAAUCCUAAUUUAUUAAAAGGAAUGCAAGAAUUACUUGGUCCUAGUGAUCCUAGUGAAAAUGCCUCAGCUGUCUUGCGUAUAUUUUAUCAUUGUUGGCAGAUUUAAGUAGUCAGAGCUCAACUGCUAUGGAAAUGAGUGAUGCAAGUAUCCAAACGGCAUCUUCACAGAUCCAUCCUCAACAUUUGCCACGUGAUUCAAAUAAUCAACUAACCUAGUAUUACUGCUACUGCCGCCACUACAGCUCUUUCUAAGGAUUCUGGUAUUUUCUGAUGUGAAAGUUCAACCAUUGUGUGCAUUAUACAUAUAUUUCAAUUUUGUUGUAUCUAAGCUGUAAAAAAUGAAAUGCUUUAUUGUUUUUGUCCUGUUUAUUUAAAUGAUGUGCUAUUUUUAGACAGAUAAUGUAGAUAUAAAAACAGACACUUGUGAUAGACAUCCGAAACCUAAUUUUAUACUGAUAAAUUUUCG